GUUCGACUUCCACUCUGCCCAACCACACCACAAUGUCCCGCAGCGGCAGGACCAGCUCGCCGCUCGAGACGCUCAUAUUCUCCGUGCUCCCAGAGCUCGGCAAGCUCCCCGACCGCGCGCGCCAGGAGCGCGUCGACGAGCUCGUCGAGUUCUGCGAGGACAUCCUCGCGAGCCGGCUGCCGUCGUCCGUGCCGUUCGGGUCGGCGACACUGCCUGAUCACGCGCGGCGCGUCCUCCCGUCCCCCGACGACGCGUUGCGGUUUACCUCGCUGUGGACAUCGCUUGAGCGCGGCCGCACACUCUCCGUGCCCCACCGGCACCUCCAGUUCCUCCUCGCCCUCUCCCAACUCAACCCGAAUACCCAGGAGAGCGUGUUCCCACCAGCCAGCGCCAGCUCCAGGCAGAGGCACUCGCGCGCACCCAGCAGCCUGGGCACCCCUCCCCGGCCCGGCGUGUCCCCCGCCGCCGUGCUCGGCGAGAGCAGGACCAUCAACCUCGACUCUGGUCCCCCGAGCCCCGUGUCUGCUGGCCCGUCAACAGCGAGGAGCAAGGCAGCGCUCCUGGCCGAGUGGCGCACAGCGCGCCACCGCCCCCCGUUCCCAGAAGCCCUACUUCUCCGCGACGCCCUCUACCUCCUCCAAGGGAUCAACGGCAGAUAUGUCCGCUUUGCGGUAGCGCCUGCACCCCAGAACAACCCGUACCUCUCGGAAAGGGGACGCGCUGGUGAUGGUACCGGGUUUCCUCUGGGCGCCGAGGGCACGCGCAUGCUCGACGCCAAGGCCGAGGCCGCCCAGGAGGUGGUGGGGAUCGAUAUCGUCGCCGACGAGGCCAAGAGCGGGUACAUCUCCCAGCCCACGCGAAGCAUCAUGGCACAGCUAUCAGAAAUGGGCGUGCUGUAUCGCAAGAUCACGAGAUUUAUCAACCUCCACCAGGCGGCUGGACCGAGCUCCAAGAGCGGAAUGGUCAUCCAGAGCCUUUGUCACUUCUUGCACCACGAGUUGUCAGAGUACCACCGCCUGCUCGCGGUCCUCGAGUCGCAGCUCGCCCUCACUUCCCCAGCGACAGGGUCGGCUGCUGAAGGCUCAGCGUUGACGCUUCUCCGCCUAGGCGUCUGGACCGAGGACAUGAAGCUCAAACUUCAGCUGAUGGAAGCGGUCGUGGAUGACGCAAAUUCGGCACACGGCGGCGCCCUCGUCUCCAAAAUCCACUCACACACAUCCCAUGGCGACCCUCUCACACGCAAGUUUACCGACCAGAUCCUCGAGAAGGUCUCCCAGCCCUUCUUCCUCACUCUCCAGCGCUGGAUGCUCUCAGGCGAGCUGCACGACCCUUUCAACGAGUUCUUCGUCCAGCUCAACCCCGACGUGGGCAAGGGCGACGACCCGCUGUCGUACGGCGACGCAGGCUUCGAGGAGGGACUUGACUCUGCCGGCGGUGUGACUGACUCGCACUACGUGUGGGAGAAGAAAUACGUCUUUGUCAAGGCCAUGGUGCCCGGGUUCAUUAGCGAGGACUUUGCAAAGAAGAUCUUCUCCACGGGCCGCAGUUUGAAUUUCAUCAGAUACAACUGUUACGAUUCGGACUGGAUUGCAGCCCAGGCUAACCAGGCGAGAUCAGGAGAAGCCCUCAAGUACAGCGACCUGCCUGGCUUGGAGCGCUCCAUUGACGACGCCUACUCGUCUGCAAGCCGACAUUUGUUAGAGAUCUUCUUUGACAAGUACAAGCUGCAAGAUCAUCUCCAGGCGCUCAAGGCGUAUUUGAUGCUCGGUGCUGGCGAUUUUGCAGAGUUACUCAUGGAGUCUUUGGCACCACGCCUAUCCAAACCUGCGAUAAGCCUGUACAGGCAUCACUUGACCUCGGACCUCGAGUCGGCCAUCCGGGGAUCAAACGCGCAAUAUGACCCGCCAGAUGUGCUCCGCCGCCUGGACGCUCGCAUCCUCGAGUACUCGCACGGCGAGCUGGGCUGGGACUGCUUUGCCCUCGAGUACAAGGUCGAGGCGCCUUUGAAUGCGGUGCUUGACGAGCGCUCAAUGGUCGGCUACGACCGUCUUUUCCACCACCUCUGGAGAUUGAAACGCGUCGAGACGGCAGUCACACAAGGCUGGAUGCGAGUGACGAGUGCGUCACGGGCGUUUGAGCUUCUUGAAAACCUCGACAACGACUGGCACCACUGUCGCAUCGUACAGGCCGAGAUGGUGCACUUCUUGCGUCAAUUCCAGUCGUUCUGUCAGCUCGAGGUCAUCGAGUGCAGCUGGCAGGUUCUGCAGGAGUUUGUGGCCAAACGCGAGGGCGACCUCGACGCAUUGAUCACGGCUCAUCGCACUUAUCUCGACCGCGUCGUCCAGAAGGUCCUUCUGCUGGGCAACCGCCGCGACCGAACAGACACUACCCUCCUAAACCUCGUGCAAGAGGCAUUAGACAAUAUCCUGCAGUUCCGUGGCGCGACAGACGACCUGUACUCGUGGUCAUUGGGAGAAGCUACACGGGUAGACCGAGAGCGUGAUGGAGAGAGGGGCUUAAGCACCGACGAGGAGGCAGCAGCGGCCGAAAAGGAGGCGUCGCUUCUCCAACUCGAGGGCAUCCGAGACCGUAUUCGGGGCUGCUCGAACCGGUUCCAAGACGCCGUGGUGACCAUCUGCAAGGAGGCAGGCUCCCAUGCCGACCUGGACGUGCGGUUCCUUGCGCUGCGUAUCGCCUUUAACGGGCACUACGCACUGCGGCGAAGCUCAAAGGGCAAGAAGUAGAGUAGCGAGC